UUUUUCAUUUGCCUCUAUUAACGCACACACACGUACACAUGCAGGGCAUGUGAGGAAAUCUACACACAUAUCCGUGAUUAUACAAAAUUGCCCCCGUCCAUAAUUCUCGUAUUUUCCAAGACUGAUCUUCCAGAAAACUUCCUGCAUGACGGGACUUCGUAUCCAAUGCACACAGCCCCAAGAAAAUGGAAAAUACAGGACUUUCCACAAGCAAAAGAGAAGAAAAUCCAAAGGGAAAGAAGGAGCAAAAGGAGAAGAAUUGUCAUCUGACAGAAGAAAGCGAUUCGGAAGAAGUCCAUUAACAUACACUACAAUCCCAAUUCCCCAAAGUCCCCACCUUGAACAACCUUCCAGAACCACCAAACACCAAACACCAAGAACAAUCAUUAUCCCUCGCUCCCUCCAUCCAUCCAUUCCCAAGCAAGCAUGUCCAUCCUUAUCCAUCCCUUCGCCUUUUCCCGUCCGCCCGCCCGUCCGCCGUGGCGCCCAUCCUCGCCGUCCCGUCCUCGUAUACAAACUUCUCCCGUCCACCAAACAAACAUGAAAGCUACCCACGUUGCUCGCCGUCCCGUCUCCCGUCUCCCGUCCUCGUAUCCUCUCUUUUUUUGGUCUCUCUUUUUU